AUGUCUGACAACGGUACACUCCCCGGCUACGUGGAGGGUAGUUACUGGUACUACGCGCCUAAUAAAGGUGCCCCAAUCACAUUUGCGGUACUAUUUGGUAUCUCUGGAAUAGUUCACGCCUAUCAGUGCUUUAAAUAUCACUGCUGGAAAGUUGGCGGCCUGCUUCCUUGGGCGGCGACUCUUUUCGUAGGAGCUUUCGUGGUUCGAGAGAUAGGAGCUUACCACUAUAACAACCUUGGCGUUUUUAUUGCCAGUACCGUAAUUUUUCUGGUUGCUGCCCCUGUGUACGAGGGAGCCAAUUACUUUCUUUUGGGAAGGAUCUUAUAUUACGUCCCGUACAACUCCCCACUUCAUCCCGGGCGUGUCGUGUCUACUUUUGUUGGUAUCGACCUCAUCAUUGGAACGCUCACCGGGAUUGGUGCCCCCCGCGUUGCCAAUUCUUCCCUAUCUCAAAGCAUCAUUGAUUCUGGAAAGAAUUUACUCAAGGCUGCGCUGUUGCUCCAGAUUGCGUCCAUGUGUACUUUUGUCGCCAUCACCGCACGGUAUCACUACAGAUGCUACAAAACAGGGACGCUUCCAAAUAACCUGCGCACCGUCCUCAUCGUUCUUUACACAAGCUGCACACUCAUCACGGUCCGCACCAUAUACCGUACCGUAGAGUACUUCGAAGCCGCCAGCUUAAACAUUUAUUCUAACAUCCUCCACAUCAGUCCAUUACUAAAGCACGAAUUUUACUUCUGGGUGUUUGAAGCAAUGUUCAUGUUCUUGAACACCGUGCUUCUAAACACAUUCCAUCCUUCACGCUUCCUACCCGUAAACAACAAGAUAUAUCUCGCCCAGGACGGAGUUACAGAGAUUGAAGGGGCAGGAUACGAGGAUAAGAGACACUUUCUUUUGACUCUUUUUGAUCCUUUCGACAUCGUUGGCAUCAUCACCAAAAGGGAUAAGACAGAGAUGUUUUGGGAGAAGGAUGGCAGCGGGGAUAAGAUCGAUGCCUGA